GGAAGUGGGACGUUUAUUGACAACAUGGCGGCCGAGCUGGGUUCGAAUUGUCCGAAUCUCACCAUCUGACAGCGGCGGCCGGCACGAGAGGCGAACCGGAUCAGGGUCGGGGGUUCGGGGCCAGAUGCAGUUGGACGCCGGGACCCGUCGGUCCACGGGACGGAACCACUGAGUCCACGAAGCGUCCACAGUCCGGACAGCCGUCAUGUCGUUCUUCAAGAGGAAAGCAAAAAGUAAAGAACCAGAGCGAGUGGUCGAUGUCAGCAUCAGCAGAGCCGCCGGCGGUCCUCACUCGCCGUCGCUGGGCCUGAGGAACCACCAUGCCAUCCAGGACGCCGCCAGGCCCAGCCACGUGGCCAUCAACGCCAUCUCCGCCAACAUGGACUCCUUCGCCCGCGGCCGAACCGCCAUCCUCAAGAAGCAGCCCAGUCACAUGGAGGCGGUGCACUUCGGAGACCUGGGUCAUUCCAGUGUCAACUAUCAGCCCCAGGAGACCCGUUCUCGACUGUCUAAGACGGUGGACCAGGUUCUGCGGGACAACGUGGCGCUGCCCCACUACACCCACUUCACGGAGCUGCGGGGGGCGGACCACCUGGUGCGCUUCUGGCUGGAGGCGGAGUCUUUCCGCUCGGCCAGCUGGUCGCGGGUUCGCGCCCACAGCCUGAACUCGGUCAAACACAGUUCUCUGGCUGAGCCCGUCCCCGUCUCCGCCGACGCCCCGGACCCGCCCCAGGUCGCCCCGCACGCCGCCUCACUCGCUCAGAGCCCACCUGAACGCCGGGGCUCGUCCGGCUCCGAGACGGAACCGAGACCCGGUACCCCUGGAACGGAAACCCCCAGCAGGCAGCAGACCCCGUCCAGGACCGGGACACCGUCCAAGGGCCAGUCCAGCAGUGGACUGAGGGAGCUGUCCGACAAACUGAUGAAGAGUAUAGAAAAGGACGCUGUGUCCAUCUUCACUAAGUACAUCUCUCCAGACGCCGUGAGGCCGAUCCCCAUCACAGAACAAAUCAGAAACGACAUCGUUGCUAAGAUCUGUGGAGAGGAUGGGCUGGUGGACCCUAACUGCUUCGUCAUCGCCCAGUCCGUGGUGUUGUCCAUCCUGGAGCAGCAACACUUCAGUGAGUUCCUGCGCAGUCAUCAUUUCUGUAAAUACCAGAUUGAAGUGUUGACCAGCGGCUCCGUGUUCCUGGCAGACAUCUUGUUCUGCGAGUCAGCUCUCUUCUACUUCUCCGAGUACAUGGAGAAGGAGGAGGCCAUGAACGUCCUGCAGUUCUGGUUGGCAGCCGACAACUUCCAGAACCAGUUAGCAGCCAAGAAGGGCCAGUACGACGGACAGGAGGCCCAGAACGACGCCAUGAUCCUCUACGACAAGUACUUCUCCCUCCAGGCCACCAACCCCCUGGGCUUCGGAGACUCAGUUCGGAUGGAGAUCGAGUCGAACAUCUGCAGGGAGGGGGGGCCGCUGCCCGACUGCUUCACCACGCCCCUCAGACAGGCCUGGACCACUAUGGAGAAGGUCUACAUGCCAGGCUUCCUGUCCAGUAACCUUUACUACAAAUACCUGAGUGACCUCAUCAACUCAGUGCGUGCAGAUGAGUUCAUCACCAUCAGUGGUCAGGGUGUGGCGGUGGCGGCAGCGGACGGUGACCGUUCUGGUUCUAAUGUCAGUGAGAGCUCCCAGACUCAGCAAAGUGCCAGGAAGGCCGCCAUAAAGAUCCUGAAGAACUUCGACGAGGCCAUAACGGUGGACGCCGCCAGCCUGGACCCGGAGUCCCUGUACCAGCGACCGUAUGCUGGGAAGAUGACGUUCGGGAAGGUGAACGAACUGGGCCAGUUCAUCAGGGAGGCGGAGCCUGAGCCGGACGUGAAGAAAUCCAAAGGUUCCAUGUUUUCUCAGGCCAUGAAGAAGUGGGUUCAAGGAAACUCAGACGAGGCCCAGGAGGAGAUGGCCUGGAAAAUCGCCAAGAUGAUCGUGACCGACGUGGUCCACCAGGGGACCCAGGACAGUCCUGGGAAGACCACCAAGUUAUGACCCCCAUGAAGAACCGAAGGCCUGGGGGACCCCCCGGGACUGACCCCGCCCCCUUUCUGACUCCGCCUCCUGUCCUGACCCCCCAUCCGACCCUGUGUCAGUCUGUCGUCUCCAAAACACUAUGAAGGUGGACCUGAUUGAAACUGAGACCUGGGGGAGGGCCCGGGCCACUGACCCCACCCUCACGUCACCGUAGCCAAACGUUUGAAAGUGGGCUGUCCCACGGCCCAAACCGACCGCACUCCUCUAGGCCACACCCCCCCACACCUUUUCUGACCAUUCCUUCAAAGAGUGUCUCUGCACUGGACAUGGAGGCCUUGUACAGUUUUUGACCACACCCCCCUGGCCCCUCCCCCGAUGUGGCGUUUCCGUACUGUAGACUGUGGAACCUCCAGCACCUUUUAAGGAGCGUAGAAGAAGAAGAAGAAUCACUCCGUCUGUCUGAACUGGUCUGAACCAGUCUGAACUGGUCCUCCUGUAAAUGUUCUGGUGUUCGUCUUUUUUAUGGUGAUGCUGUUUUUUUCGUUUUUUUUUUUUUUUAAGGCCAUUGAAUCAAACUCCAACGGACGUUCGACUGGAAACCAGCUCCUGUUUUUAUUUGAGCCUCAUCAUGACGUGGAACAGAACCAGAACCAGACGAGCCUUUUGGUACCAUGUACCUCUAAUGUUUCUGACAUGUACGUGUAUGUAAUCCAUAAUAUAUUUAAAAGUGUCUGAUUUAAAUACAUAUAUGAUAAAGGGG